AUGGUAGGAGAUUCUUUCAAGCAUAGAGAUGAACUUCGUGAGUCUCAAGAAGAAGAAAUUGAAGAAGCAUUACGUAAAGGUGAGCUUGAAAUUGGUAGGGGCUUGAAUCAAGAACUAGGACUUGCUAGAGAUGGUUAUACUCGAUGGGGUUCUCACUACAAAUCCUUUAACAAUUUUAUUCUUAUGUUUGGCCCUAUCAUUGAUGUAUUUGAUGCUAUUGUUGUUAAUGCGCUUUUUGAAGAAAAGUGUAAGGCAAAGGGAUAUCUUAAAGCAUGUUUAACAUUUGAGGUAGACUUUAUAUUUCAUUUCAUACGCAAUGUAUUGGCAGUCACCAGUGAGCUUAAUGCAAUCUUUCAAAAUAAGAAGCAAGACAUUGUAAAUGCCAUGUUACUGGUUGGAUUCGCAAAGGAACGGUUGCAACUAAUGAGAGAAGAGGGCUUGGAUUCACUUAUUUGUGAGGUAUCUAAAUUUUGUAUCAAAUAUGAUAUUUCGAUAACUAAAUUUGACGAGCUUUAUGAUAUCAUUGGAAGAUCUCGUCGUAAAGUUGUUGAUUAUACUGUUUUACAUCACUACCGUGUUGGAGUGUUUCGUAAAACUAUUGAUUGGCAACUUCAAGAACUCAAUAGUCGCUUUGAUGAGGUGACAAUUGAGUUUCUUCUGGGAGUAGCUUGCUUGAACCCAGUUAACUCCUUUUCAAGCUUUAACAUUGAAAAAAUAUUGAUAUUGGCUAAUCUUUAUCCUGAUGAUUUUGAUAAAUACUCUAUGGCUGACUUUCGUUUUCAACUUGAGAAUUACAUUGUUCAGGAUCAUGAUAACAAGUUUUUUGAUCUUAAUGGAUUUGGUGAUCUUUCCAAAAAGCUAGUAGAGACAAAGAAAUAUGCAACUUAUCCUCUUGUAUUUCGACUAGUAAAAUUUGCUUUACUUUUGCCAGUUGCUACUACUACAGUUGAAAGAGCUUUCUCGGCAAUAAGUUGA